CACUGCUUCACUAGUAACUCACAGCUCAGCACAGAGCAGCACACGGGCCACAGCUGCUCACACACACCGAGAAAGCUACUUUACAAGUGUGAAGUUUGUUGCCAAAGAAUUAUCAUCCUGACAGACAGACAGACAGACUACUCAGCAACAGUGAACAUCUGUCCUAUUACUUGGAUUAUUUUUUUUUCCAAAAAGACCACGUUUGGAGAAACAUUGAAGGUGUUUCCUCUCAACACACACUGACCUCCGGGACAACCCUCUGAACCUCUGUUUAACCCCCACCACCUCUUCUCUCGUCUGAGCGGUGCCCAGUGCUCCCCCAGGCUGCCGAGAAAAGCAGGCCAUGGUAACUCACAGCAAGUUUGACAACGCAAUGAGCAGCAGCAUCUUGGACUCCAACAUGCGGCUGCCUCAACGUUACAAGACCUUCGCCUCCAAGACGCAGUACCAGAUGGUCCUCGCCACACUGCACAAGCUCCAGGAGAGUGGCUUCUACUGGGGCGCCAUCACCGGGAAGGAGGCCAAUGCCAUGCUGGCGGCUGAGGCCACCGGCACAUUCCUCCUCCGGGACAGCUCCGACAACCGGCACCUGUUCGCCCUCAGCGUCAAGACGGCGUCAGGCACCAAGAACCUGCGCAUCCAGUGUGAAUCAAGCUCUUUUUUCCUGCAGACAGACCCUAAAAAUGUUCAGUCUGUUCCUCACUUUGACUGUGUCCUCAAGCUGGUGCAUUACUACAUGUCUCAGAGCAAAGGGAACACUCGCAGUGGGAGUAUCUACUACAUCUACUCCGGUGGGGAGAAGAUCCCUCUGGAGCUCAUCAAACCUCUCUCCGCCAGCUUGUCCACCUUGCAGCACCUGUGCAGGAAAACGGUUAACGGACACUUGGACAUUUCCACUAAAAGAGACCAACUUCCUCAUCCUCUGAAGGAGUUCCUCCAGCAGUAUGAUGCUCCUAUCUAGAGGCGUUGGACUUGAUGCUCUUGAAAGGGCAGAAAAAGACUCAAGAAGAAACUGGACAAUUUCAGUGCAGCUGAGGAAUAACGGCCGAGCAGAGCCAAGAGAGAAAAUAGGAGCUGUUAAAGUGUACUGACGAGAUGUUUCUCUCACAGAAAAAGGGCCUGUUAAGGUCACAGAAUUGAGGACUAAUACAUGAAGAGGGAACUGAUGUAAUCUGGGGGUAUGAAAGAGAGAUAACGUCUGGCGAUGACGUACGACUUACUGAAAGCUGAAGUGAGGCGUACAGUCAGCUGUCUACAGUCUGAUGACACACAGGUUCCCUCUGCUGCUAACCAAUGUGCUGCGAGGCUGCAGCAGCCUCCCUGGAUGAUCAUCGCGGGCAACAUCUGUCCCGCAUCCUGGGACCUCUGACCGAGUGUACGCUGGAAAUUUACAGACAAUGGAAAACUUAGUCCUUGUACAAAGACACUGAUGGCCUUCUGGGUGCAUAUUCAGCACCGAAUAUCACGAGAUAAAGGGCUGAACUUUUAAAAAAAACAAAACAAAACAAAUAAAUCUGAAUCGUAUGUGUUCAGAGCAGAAAAUGUGGAAAGAGGAAGGGUCAAUGCCAAACUUGCCUGAGCUAGACAACAGUUCUUUCGACUGAAUCCUACUUGAGACAACAGUCACAGGAGAGAAAUGCCAAGAGAUGUGGUAGUUUUUGUGGCACAGACAGGCUUAGCCAUUGUCUGCAAAUGAAUGUAUUAAAAUAAUGGUAUCUGUCUUUUCCUGAUGAGGAGAAGAGUCCAAAUGUAUUUUCAUGAGUUUACAUGAGUGAAGACGACUUGUGUUUUUUUUUUUGUUUGUUUUUUUUGGUGCUGUCUUUUAUAAAGAUGUACUCUUUGCCAGCCAAACCUUUGGCUGUGGUUGCUUGAAGAUAAUUUGAGAAGUUUGACGAAGCAGGCAGACUGAUACAACUUUGCACUUAUUUAUAUUUGUAUGAACAUUUCAUUAAUUUAUAAUAAAUGAGCACUAUUUUUCUAUGAAA